UCUGGUGGUGCAGUCUCUCUCUCUCUCUCGCGUGCGGGAAAAGAGGCGAGGCGAGGCGAGGCGGCGCGGCGGAGACGACGACGACGACGGCGACGUUGUCGCCUCGCCGCUCUGCUCCCCCUGCCAGCCCACGUGCCGCGGAAGGGCUAAGCUCCAAGUGUUGAGGGUUCUUGCACUGGGAGGGAGAGAUGAGUGGCCCAAUGCAACGCUCAUCACAGCCACAAUUUAUCACUAGUGUCGAGCGGAACAAUCAAUCAAAUGGACCUGGCACUCCUCUUAUUGACAGCAUAGAUGUUGAUCAGAUUGUUAUUCCAGAGAAAAAUAGUUGGAAGAACCUAUUCUCAUACAUAGGGCCUGGAUUUCUUGUCUCUAUUGCGUAUAUUGAUCCUGGCAAUUUUGAGACAGACCUACAGGCUGGAGCACAGUACAAAUAUGAGCUUCUUUGGAUCAUACUUAUUGCAUCCUGUGCUGCUCUUAUAAUUCAAUCACUUGCAGCUAGGCUAGGAGUCGUAACUGGGAAGCACCUGGCCGAGCAUUGCAGAGCUGAAUAUCCAAAGGCCACAAAUUUCAUCCUAUGGAUUCUUGCAGAACUGGCUGUAGUUGCAUGUGACAUUCCUGAAGUAAUUGGAACUGCUUUUGCUUUGAACAUGCUUUUUAAAAUCCCUGUAUGGUGUGGUGUUCUGAUAACUGGACUCAGCACUCUGAUGCUCCUUUUCCUACAACAGUAUGGGGUCCGUAAACUGGAAUUUCUGAUUGCUUUUCUGGUGUCACUAAUAGCAACUUGUUUCUUAGUUGAGCUUGGGUAUUCUAAACCAAAUUCUUCAGAAGUUGUGAGGGGCCUCUUUGUUCCGGAACUUAAAGGGAAUGGAGCCACUGGCCUUGCAAUCUCAUUACUUGGUGCUAUGGUGAUGCCGCAUAACCUUUUUCUCCACUCAGCAUUGGUACUAUCAAGAAAAGUGCCACGGUCAGUUCAUGGGAUCAAAGAGGCAUGUAGAUUCUAUAUGAUUGAAAGUGCAUUUGCCCUCACGAUAGCGUUUCUCAUUAACAUAUCUAUCAUAUCUGUUAGUGGUGCUGUCUGCGGAUCAGAUAAUUUGAACCCUGAAGACCAGAUGAAUUGCAGUGAUCUUGAUCUUAACAAAGCUUCGUUUUUGUUAAAGAAUGUUCUCGGAAACUGGAGCUCAAAGUUAUUUGCAGUAGCCUUGUUGGCAUCUGGCCAGAGUUCUACAAUUACAGGAACUUAUGCGGGACAAUAUGUCAUGCAGGGGUUUCUAGAUCUUCGAAUGACACCCUGGCUACGGAACCUUCUAACUAGGUCCUUGGCAAUUCUGCCAAGUCUGAUUGUUUCGAUAAUUGGAGGUUCCUCUGCAGCUGGAAAGUUGAUUAUCAUUGCAUCGAUGAUACUGUCAUUUGAGCUUCCUUUUGCUCUAGUUCCACUCCUGAAAUUCACCAGUAGCAGGACAAAGAUGGGGCAACACACGAACUCAAAAUUUAUUUCUGUGAUAACAUGGGGGAUUGGCUCGUUUAUUGUUGUCAUCAACACCUACUUCCUGAUAACAAGCUUUGUCAAGCUGCUUCUCCACAGUGGGCUAUCGACCGUCUCCCAAGUAUUCUCCGGAAUAUUUGGUUUUCUGGGGAUGCUCAUAUACAUGGCUGCAAUUCUUUACCUUGUUUUCCGGAAGAACAAGACGGCUACCCUGCCAUUGCUGGAGAGUGAUUCGACGGUCCGCAUCACAGGCUGCGACACGAGCGCUGAAGGAGAAGGUUCUCUGGGCCAUCUGCCCCGGGAGGAUAUCUCCAGCAUGCAGCUUCCUCAGCAGCGAACUGCUUCUGAUCUAGAUUAGAAAGAUGAAAUUCGACACACUCAGUCACUCACCAAAGAAAGUAUACCACUGAUGAUAACCAUAUGCAAUCAGUAACUAGCUUCCCCAAGAGUUAGCCAGUUGGUCACUCAGGUAUUCACCUAUAUCAUCCUAGUGAAUACUGAUUCUAUAAUCUAUAUAUAGUGACAAUAAUUUUGUCAGGAUCUCUAUAAUCUAUAUAUUGUGACAAUAAUUUUGUCAGAAUCUCUGGUACUGGUGAUUGUACACAAGCGGGUUGGGAUAGCUAGCUAACUGUGGACCUGUGACAUGACAACAAAGCUAAAGUUGCAUACAAAAUGCUAGACUCAAAUGCUUCUUACAUAUAAUCGUGUGUAGAACAGAUGUGCUCAUGUAAUCAUGUGCACAGUGAACAUGCUGAUUUUUCGGGAAUGGCAACAGUGCACUAGCUAGCUCAUGUCAUUGGUAUCAACAAAAUACACAUCUUUUGGACUCCCGA